GAUCUAUAUCUUCCUAUCAUGAUCCACUUCUGCAGUUCUGCAUAUCUAUACCACCACCCACGUUCUUGAUCCCCAAAUGAAAACCAAAAACCUCUUUCCCACCAUUUUUCCUCUGUUGAAUCUAUGCAUAUUCCUUAUCCUCUCUUCUCCUCUACCAAGAAAACCCCAAGGUGUAGUCGACCCUUACUUCCAAGUCUGCAGUGCUGAGCCUGAAAACUGUGGUGAUGGGCAACCCAUCAAGUACCCAUUCCACAUCCGAAGUAAGCAAAACAGGUCUUGUGGGUAUCCUGGAUUCGAGCUCUCUUGCAAUAACAAUGGCCAACCCAAGAUCAACAUCCAAAGUGACGACUAUAUAAUCCACAACAUUUCCUAUGAAACCGAAAUCCUUCGCGUCUCAAACUCUUACUUUUGGAAUUCAACCACCGGCGCCUGUAUUCCUUUAACUCAAAACAUAUCCCUUCCUGGUGCCCCGUUCGAGCUAGCACCGUUCCAAACCCAUGUGAAUCUGCUUUAUGGUUGCAACACUUCGACACUUGAGAGUACGUUAAGGUUUUCUGCAUAUCCUGGUUGUGAUCAUGGGGAAAACAAAAACAGUUCGGUUCUGGUCCUGCCUAAAAACGACCCAAAGCUAAGGAACGUAUCAAAGGCGUGCACAACUCGGGUGGUAGCACCCGUUGAACCUUAUGAGCGUGAGAAUCGUGAUGGAAUUGAAAGGGCCCUGAGAAAUGGAUUUUUGGUGAAAUGGAAGGCCAGCGAGUGCAGCAUUUGCCAGGAAAGCGGAGGGCUGUGUGGAUUCAAUUACAGUGAGUGGCAUUUCAAGUGCUUAUGCCCUGAUAGACCUCAUGCUUGGCACUGCAUUUCUGGGGAAAACAAACAAAAAUGGGUGAUACCAUUAGUCGUUUUAUCUAUUGGAAUUGGGGCUGUGAUUGUGGUUAUUAUAAUCUACUGCUUGAGGAGAAAGUUCCCUUACUUAUGGAAGAAGGAAAGUGUAUCACAUCAAAAUAUUGAGGAGUUUCUAAGGAGAGUUGGACCUCUUGUUAUAAGAAGAUAUAUUUAUUCAGAUAUCAAGAAAAUGACCAACCUUUUCAAAGAAAAAUUAGGACAAGGAGGCUAUGGUAGUGUCUACAAGGGUAAGCUACUAGAUGGUUGUCUUGUGGCGGUGAAGGUUUUGAAAGAAUCAAGAGAAAAUGGAGAGGAAUUCAUUAAUGAGGUUGCAAGCAUUAGUAGGACCUCUCAUGUCAACAUUGUCACUCUUAUGGGCUUUUGUUUUGAGGGUUCUAAACGAGCACUCGUUUAUGAGUUUAUGCCUAAUGGAUCACUUGAGAAGUUUAUAUACAAGAAAUAUCCUUCAAAGGCUGAUCAUCAGUUGGAGUGGAAAACAUUAUACAAGAUUUCAGUUGGGAUAGCUCGAGGACUAGAGUACUUGCAUAAAGGUUGCAAUGCACGAAUCUUGCAUUUUGAUAUAAAGCCUCACAAUAUUCUUUUAGACAAGAACUAUCAUCCAAAGAUUUCUGAUUUUGGCCUUGCAAAGAUCUGUUCAAGAGACGAGAGUAUUAUAUCAAUGUUGGGCACCAGAGGGACUGUAGGAUAUAUAGCUCCAGAAGUAUUUAGUAGAAAUUUUGGAGGGAUCUCUCACAAGUCUGAUGUUUAUAGUUACGGAAUGAUGGUUUUAGAAAUCGUUGGGGGUAGAAAGAAUAUAGAUAUCGAGGGUGAUCGUACUAGUGAAACAUACUUUCCUCAUUGGAUUUACAAGCGCCUUGAACUAGAUGAAGAACUAAGCUUGCAGAGCCUCGUGAUGAAUGAAGAGGAUCGUGAAAGUGCAAAGAAGAUGUUAAUUGUGGGUUUGUGGUGCAUACAAAUCGACCCUUCAAAUCGACCAACAAUGGGCGGAGUUGUGGAUAUGUUGGAAGGGAGUUCUGAGUACUUGGAAAUCCCACCAAAGCCUUUCUUGUCCUUCCCGUCAAGAUCAUCUUAAAUAAAAUUGCCAUUUGAUUCUUCCACGACAAUGGAUGUCUUACGGUCUGAAUCUAUAGGAUGUUCCUAGAGAAUGAUACUUUCCUUGAAAUUGAAUUCUCAAUUUAGGGCAGUCGUCCAAUAUUACAUGAUGAGAUUUUGAAUGUCGUCUACUUACAUGAUCAUAAUCCUUGGA